UAGUCGGUAGACGUGCAGGGAGGUCUGGUAGCAGGAGAGCAGUCAGCGGGGCAGAUGAACAAGCGGACGGCAGGCAGAGGCGUAGUCGUGGGCGAAGCGGGAGUCGAAACCAUGAAACAAUCAGCGGGGCAAAAGUACAAAAACGUGACACUGAACAGAAUACAGCUGGAUGGCAUCCAAACACCCUCCGCUGCCAAGAACACUGCAAUUCCUGCUAUUCCGAAAUAUCCCCACAGCCUUCUGUUGGGUAUCGGGAAGUGGUGAAAUCGCCCAGAACACGGUGUAGUGCAGGCAGGCCUCUAUAAAAGCCUGAAUCUGCCUCAGCAGGACUGUGUAUUUCUCCAGCGCUGAAACCAAAAAACCAGACUAUCACCUCCGGCAUCUUCCUCCGCCAUUAUGCAGUUUCCAGCAGCAGCGCUGCUCCUUGUGCUCUGUGUCGGCCUCGCGCAUGCAUCAGCACGCAGGGGGGGCGAGGGCCGGUCCAAGCGGGCGGUUGGGGGCCGCGUGGCCCUGAAUGUCCCCUGGCAGGCUCUGGUGCACUUCGGGGACAGUGUGCUGGACGGAGGGAUCGGAGGCGGGGCGCUGGUGUCUGACCGCUGGGUCCUGACCAGCGGGAGGAACGUGUUUCAGAAGAAGCCUCGCCAGCCAGCCCCAAAGCGGCUCCCCGACUUCCCCAAGGUCUACCUGGGAGUCAAGAACCGCAACCCUGUGGACCCGGCCAGCGAGGUGGAAGUGGAGAAGGUGGUCCUGCACCCAGGCUUCCAGAACAUCUCCACCUGGGAGAACAACCUGGCCCUGAUCAAACUGAAGAAGCCCGUGGUGUUCAGCAGCAAGAUCCUGCCCAUCCCGCUGCCCAGGUGCGGGCAGAACCUGGAGGAGACGGUGGGCACGCUGGGCGUGUUGGCAGGCUGGGGCUGGAGCCACAUCCUCCAAUUCGCCGACCACCUGAAGUUCCUGACCGUGCCCGUGGUGAGCCAGGAGCUGUGCCAGCGCGAGUACAAACACGGGGGCGAGGUGGACGGCGAUGAGCCCCUGGUCGACGACCGCACGUUCUGCACCGGUGCCACCGCGUUCUCCGAGAACGUGUGCGUCGGGGACGAGGGCGGAGCCCUGGCGGUGCUGGACCCCAAGGACGGCAGGGUGUACGCAGCCGGCCUGCUCUCCUACGACAAGAACUGCGCGACGGAGAAGUACGGCGUCUACGCCAAACUGUCGGCCUACAUGCCCUGGAUCGACAGCGUGAUGAGGGGAGACUCUGAGCUGUACGACGCCCAGCGGGCCUUGGAGGUCCGCAAAAUGCUGGCAAAUCUGAAGGAAGACUGACGCCAUAACUAGCCGUUGAAAAGCGCGAGAUAACUGGGGUUCGAGAACGUGAAUUUCGAAGGCGUACAUUUUCAAUGCACUGAACACAAAAAUAUUACAUGAAAGAUAUGCCAACAAUAUAUAAAAAAAUAUGUGUGCGAUGUUUGAAAUUCUGGAUUUUUCAUGCUCUAAUAAAAUGUGAAAUCAACAGUCCUGUAUUAAAUUGUAUUUAUAUUUGAUAUCAUAUUUGAUUUUGUCGGAAUCAAAAAUGAUUAGUUACUAGUCUUGAUUUAGCUGGCAAAAAUAUAAAUUUUGUCCUUUCCUUUCUCAUAACUCAUCUCAACAGUGUUUUCAGUUGUAAUCUUUAUCCUGAAUGGCAUAUCUUUUAAUCAUAGCUUUCAUGCUGUAAAAGUCUACAACAACUUAAAAACUAUUUCAGAUGUGUAUUAAAAUGGGUACAUAUGUUUUCUGAAACCGUGUCUGAAGUUCUGGAAAAAGUCUCUAAAACAUGUCUGUCAAAACCAAAUUAUGACUUCAAAUUUUUGUGUCAGACAUUCACACACAUGCAUCAUAUGAAUAAACCAUACUGAGAACCAA